AUGAAAGCGAUUACCUCACUUGAGGCGCUGAGAAAAUUAACAAAGCCAACGGAUUCAUCAAAAAACCCAUUAGAAGGAUUUACAAAAUAUUUAGAAAAGGUGAGCGCAGGGACUUUGAGAGAAGAAAUGACCUUACAAAGAAGAGGGUUUUCUAAUGGAAUAGGAUUGGCGAAAGUAAAAAGCAUCUUAAAAGAAAAACAAAGGAAAGCGAUAGAUAAAACCUGAAAUAAAUGAAGGCACUAUGCAGUCUCUUUUACACUUCUGAGAGAUCCUGGAUAUUGGGAGAAGCAAUAUACGGCUCCAUGUCGUAUUUUUGAUAGUGUAUAUCCAUCAAAGUACAUUUGGUAGAAAUUUAAUAGGUUUUUUUAGUCAAAUGUCUCACUAUCAACCGAUUUUCGACCAUAUAUACUUCGAUGAAAUGUGCGCGGUCAUUGGGCCUACCUGCAAUAUACAGAAACCAUUUUAAAAGCAGUCAGGGCCAUUUUUAAAUUCCAAGCAAGAAAGAUAGCCAAAGCGUUUUACCAAUGAAACUUAGCCAAAUGAAACACAGUUGUCCCACUAUAUAGCAUUUUAAGCAAAAUUUUCAGCCUUAGAAAGCUUUAUGGAAUUCGUCAGCUUAAAUUAGUCAGUCCUAAAAGCACGCAUUUAUUGCUAACUAUGUACACAAAUCGAAUUAACGUGUAUAAGCAAGCUUUUAUUAAUUUCCCCACUAGGCGAGAGAACAAGAUUUUUUUUGUCAUUAAUAACAGGCUUUGUUUUUAAAUAAAAAUCUUAUUAAUUUAUAAAUUAAUUCUUUAAAACAAUUAUAGAAUUAGUUUAAGAUUUUAUAAAUUGUAUAUUAAAAUAUUGUAAUCAAAAAAUAUUGCUUGCUAGGGGAGUAGGUGGAAAAAAGAAACUGACAAAAUCAGCCAAGAAAGUGCGCUGGCACAACAAGUUGCCUUUAUGAGGUUUAAAGGCUUCCAGAAUGAAAAAUUAAUUGAAGUAUUUAAUGCUUAUAGUAAACAAAUCGCGAUUAAGAAAAGAUUGGGGUUCAAUGCAUUUAAGAUAAAUAAGAAUGAGGAAUAUGAGAGAACGCUUAUGAGGGAUGAAACUUUUGAACAAGAAGAUGAGUCAAUUGUGUAUAAUAAACUAAUGAGACAGCUAAAUACUCAUAAAGAAGCUGCUACACAAGCAAAGGUGAAGUCAAUAUUGCUACAAACGAUGCUGUCUAUAUUAAAUAAUUAG